AUGUUGGGCCCUCUGGAACUCCCGCUCUUCCCUUCAUGCUAUGACUGCCUCUCGUGGUCGGCAGAUGGGGAGCUUGCGAUCGCCGCCGGAGAAUACAUCCAAAUCUUAACGCCGAAAAACACGGUUGACCAAGCUGAAUACGAUCCGGGCCAAUCCCCCAUCAACAACUGGCAUUCCAGUCGCUUCCGUGUAAAUGUUUUCACGAAUAAUGAGUGGCCGACGAUCGAUCCCCAAAAUCGAGACAACUUCUCGCUGGGCGCCGAGCAAUCCAUCAGCACCGUCGUAGCUUUGGCCUGGUCCCCCCCAGGACUGUCUAAAUUUAGGCGCUGUGUUCUCGCAGUCCUGACAUCCAACCUACUGGUAUCUCUCUAUGAACCUGUCGGUUUCCAGGGCAAAUGGACCCGAGUUGCCAUUGUCAACCAUGCCUUAGGAAAUCAUUUCAGGUCUUUCAUUGAGGAUGAUGACACGAAUCUGCGAAAGUCUAACAUUAGAUCUUUCGCGUGGUCUCCGCCGUUAAAAUUGACAGCCACGGAGCAUACUUCAAAUCCCUACGCUGUUCUCCCUGCUGAGAGCCGAUGGGGCUGGCACUUGCUUUCAGUCGCAAAUGAUGACAAUGAUGUGAUCUUCUUGAGGGUUCAAAGGUCAAUAGCAGAGAUCGGUGUGCCAUAUGAGGUUGUUGUUUUAUCUGUGACCCCCCUCAAUGACCCAGAGGGGAAUUAUUCACAGCUGCAACCGUCAUCGGUUUUUGCCAAAAUUCUCAAGUCGAAGGUUAGAAUUUUAUCAAUGUCAUGGGGGCCAUGGGUCCAUGCAUCGACGGAGAGCCAGAAGAACUCCGCAAGUGGACAUCUGGCUGUCAUUUAUGGAACGACGCUUAAGAUGAUUCGACUGGAUAUAGAUAUGUUGUCUCACAGCCAAGGAACAAGGACGCAUCUCAAACUAGAGGCUACGUCCAAAGAAAACACCCCCGUAUGCGAUCAGGAUUUAGGCGAAUACCACUUCUCAGGACCUUUAGCAUGGCUUCAUACGGAUGACUCUCCUACUAUUUAUCUUGCCGCCGGUAUUCUGGAAGGGCUCCUUUUGAUAGAGCUGCCAAAAGAGCAUCAGAAACGCGCACGGUCAUCCGGCCGAGCUCGGUUGCAGGAAUUGCCAUUCUACGAAAGCCCAGGAACCAGACCAACGGACACCCUGAGGCACUUGGAACCGAUAACCGCCAUGCUUAUAACAACGGACACUGCAUCUCAGACCCUAGUGCUCUAUGGAGCCACAGCUGGAGGAUAUAUGGGAGCUGUACCCUUUCGUCCCGGCAAGAACGAACAUUCGAUCCAUCCGGUUCCAUGGCAAGAUCAACUUGAUGAUAUCCGUGAACGAUACGACUUUGACCGCGAUCUUGGAGGCCUAGCCGUUGCGCGAGCUUGGGGUCUGACCUCGUACAACGGAAUGGUCGCAGCUGGAAUUACCGUGCACCCGGGGGAUAUGAUUGAAUAUCGCACGGCAGCGGAGGAGCGGCUAACGAUCAUAAUAUCAACACCUGACAGGUCUCAAUCCAACGGAGCUGGUUCCCAGACGGCGGAUAGCCCUUCUGAUCUUCAGCAUAAACGGGAGGCUGUUCUUGGCUACAUCCUACACUUUGAAGAUAAUGACGGGGGUCGACCACCGUUGUCUUCAAAGAUCCUCUAUGCGACGGCCUGCUGCGCAAUUGUCGAAUCCACUGAUGCGGCUUUGGUGUACCAAGCCCACAAGGUUUUAGUGAGGUUAGCUACAACCACGGGUGCGGAUCUAAACGACGAGCUUUCCAAGUGUUCGAUUUCUAAGAACAGAAUCGCCCCGAAGUCGGCAGACGUUCUUGAUGGACCGGGUAGCCAGAUUUUCGAACGAUGUGAUAUUUGCGGUGCUGGGGUUGAUUGGUACUCUAGCCAGGAAGCUCAGUGUGCGACGGGUCACGUCUUUGUUCGCUGUGGUGUGACAUCAUUGGCCAUACAAGACCCUGGAGCAUCGACACUCUGCUCGUCAUGUGGAAGAGAGUAUUUGAACCCGGAUGGAAUCGAGUCAUCUGAACCCGAUCUACAGAAAACCUGCCGGACACUCUUCGAUGCGUUUGAUACGUGCGUCUACUGCAAUGGCAAAUACCAAUUCUAG